GCCUCUCUGCAACUCACUUUGAGCUCCUCCUCACCCGCAUACUCUUUCGACGUUUUCUAGCUAUGUCGCGUUCCAGCCUGCUUUGGAGGACCGGAGCCGUUCUAGCUGCUGCGGGGAUCGUAGCCGGUGCAUUUGGCUCGCAUGGUCUGCAGAAGAGGGCUGGUGUGACGCCUGAGAAGCUGCAUGCAUGGCAGACGGCUUCAAAUUACGCGAUUUACAACGGGCUCGCGCUUUUGCUGGUUUCGCUGCACCCGCGGUUCGCUGUGCACCGUUUCGCCGGCCCUGCCAUUGCUGUCGGUAGCAUUGUCUUCUCCGGAAGCAUCAUGACGCUGGUGCUGGCUCAGUCGGAUCGGCUGAGAUGGCUGGGACCUACCACGCCGCUCGGAGGGUCGAUCAUGAUUGCUGGCUACAUAGCCCUCGCGCUCUGAGAGGGGACAGGAGGCAGAGCCCAGGGGAGGCCAGGGGAGAGUCGGGAGAUCCGGAGGCCCGGGUGACAUCAUCGGCCUCGUUGUCAACAACAAUCCUUGCCCGCUGGGCUGUUCGCUCUGGGCCACGUACUUACGGAGAGCGAUGGGAGCGUAGAGGAGUCAUAAGGGAUGUACUAUGGACGGCCUGCUUGGGGCUUGUAGCGUACACAAUGGAGGGGAUGUGCAUUUGUGCGUGGGACAAU